UGAACAUGGAAUUCGUCGGCAACUGACAUGUCCAAAGACCCCGCAACAGAAUGGGGUUGGUACGCCAAAGCCGGCUAUUCGGAAAGCAAGGAGGUCUUUCUCUGCUCCUUUCUUCCCCAACAAUAGUUUCGGCAGACUCUGCUUUCGACAACCGGGAAAACUUCUUCCUAAAAAGAAAUGGUUGCCAGUAGUAUGGUAG